CGGACAUUAAAAAAACGUGUCAUUAGAAACCAAAAAAAAAUGGCGGAUUUUAAAAUUUUACUCAUUGCCGUAUUGGCACUUUUUUCACUUGAGUGUCAAAGUGCUCAAGUUCCAAAAUCGGCAACAAAUUUGGAUUUACGUCUUUUCGUUGAAAACAGCGAAACCGUUGCUAAAACUCUUUUGUCAUCAUUAAACGAUGCUUUGGACAAAGUUAAACCAAAUGUUGACGUCAUGGUCGAAGAAUUGUCACCGGAAGCUAAAACUCUCGUUAAAGAAGCCGUGAAAGAAGGUAGAGAAAAAUUAGCAAAAGAACAAGAAAGAGUCAACGUCGUUUUCGACACAUUGAAUAAAGCAAUGAAAGAUUUGGAACCUACAAAAUCAUGCGCCGAUAAAUUUUCCGGACCUGGAAAAAAAUGGGCACACGAAACGGAAAAAAAAUUCGUUGAAGCUUAUGAAAAAGUCAUGAAAAAACAUGGAAAAGUUUUGGAAAAUCUUAAAGUCGGCGGUGAAAAAGUAUUGAAAAACGCAAGACAACUUUUCGACGAGAAAGUACCCAAAUUCGUUGCUUGCUGGACACCCGGUAAAAAAGAUAGCAAAGAAUGUGUCAACAAGGAAGUUCAAAGCACACUCCAGGAAGGUCUUAAACUCGUUUCCGAUUUGACGACACUCAUGCAAACAGCCGAUGCCGACCUUCCUCCAGUCAUGGAAGACAUGCUUGGAAAAUUAGCACCGGUUGCUUUGGGAGCCAUGACCGGUAUGACUGAUCUUAUGAACAAAUUCAGCGACUGCGUUGCCAACCUAAAAUAAAA